CCCAGCAACAACGAGCAGUAAACCGAUGAUGCCUGCCUACAACCACGAUGCAUGACUCCAUAUCAUACCCUGCAGGGUUUGCGCACAGAAUAAAUAAUAAUUCCGGUCAAUCGGUCUGAAUACUUUACGUUCGACGUUGCAGGAAUACAAAUAGGGGAUGGAAUGAGGACCAAAUGCUGCGGUAUCGUUGGGUGAUGUGUGCUGCAUGAAUCGUAUGGAUCAAAACUGUAUUGAGUCUUCAGGGAUUUAGCAGUUUGUCAUACUAUGCUGUCAUGGGCUAAUACUGAUGAGAACCGUUUUUUGGAUGUCGGUGUGUGGACUUUUGGGUGUGUGGAAUUGCGGAGUCUUCCUCCCCUCCGCUCGGCAAUGAAAGCGCGCGAGGGUCGUGCUGUGACGGUUUCGUAAUUUACAUUUCAUUUGCAUUUGAGUAAUUUAGCAGACGCUCUUAUCCAGAGCGAUGUACUGUAGUGAGUGGAUACCUUUUCAUAUUAAUUGUAAGGAUGUAACCAUCCAAGCAGCGACAAGGCUGCAAUAAGAUGCACAGGUGUACGACUUCUAGCACUGGAUGAGACGCAAAACUAAUGUAGCCUAGACGUCAAUAUGGGAUUGUCCCCCACAACAUCGCAUUUUUUAUUUUCAUUAUUUUUUAAAAUAAAGUGUUUGGGUAACAUAUUCGCAACGUAAUAUAUGUUUGUAUGACCAACUAUUGGAGUUGUGUAACGUUUUUAUUCCAUGGCCUAUAUAACAACAUUCGGCAACAUUUCUGCAUACAGAGCUUCAUGUUUGGAUUAUAAUUAAUUAAAACGAACUUCUACUGGAAAUAUAUUAUCCACCAUAGUUGCGUUUGUUGUUAUCGUAUAUAUCCCAUGUGACUUUUCUUCCUAUUUCAUUGAUUUUAAGUGAUUUUCGGAGCAUUUUACCAUCUGCUGCCAAAUGUAUCCAAAGUCAUGAAUAAGCCUAUGCAUCACAAUUUCAACAGUAUCCUGGACACACACUAGUUCUACCGUAGUGGACUUUCAACUGGACACACACUAGUUCUACCGUAGUGGACUUUCAACUGGACACACACUAGUUCUACCGUAGUGGACUUUCAACUGGACACACACUAGUUCUACCGUAGUGGACUUUCAACUGGACACACACUAGUUCUACCGUAGUGGACUUUCAACUGGACACAUUUAAUUGACUUUAACGUCCUCUGAUUGUUACUUUACCUCUAGAAUUAACCCGUCGCUGAUUUACCAUGCGUUUCAUAGACCUGUCGCCGAAGAAAACAUUGUAACAAAUGUAACAAGAACAAUAGCCUAAUUCUUUAAAAGUUUAGGGUCGAGUUGGCUUUCAUGAGAAACUUUAAGCAGGCGCGUGUGUGGUUCUGUGCGUUGCUUUUUCUAUUAUUUUUUAUCUGAGAAAUACCAUGUCCCGAUCUAACAGUGUUAGCCCGCCCGGAGUCGGUGCGCCUGGGCUGAGGGGAGGGACUGAACUGAGAUCAGCUUGGGGCGAGUCUGAGUAUAUUGCCAACGGAUGCCCAUACUCGGCUAGAUCUCCGAGCAAAAAGCUCGCCCGUUCGAACAGCAGAUGGACUGAAGGAGAUGAUGAUCCCGACCGACAGCCCAGACCAGGACGAGCCACGACAAUGGUUAGCAGGGUCAGUUUUAGGUCUAGGGCUGCGUGGCAAGAGCAUGGCACUGGAGAGGAGACCCGAAACAACAACCGAUCGUCCCCUAAACACGCAGAUGGAGCCGUGGAAGUGAGACCCAUAUCGGUGGAGUUGGGCUUGGAGGACCGUAGAGUGAAGGGCACCAAAUCCGAGGAGGAGGAACUCAUGCCCGAAGUUCACAUUUCCAUGGUCGCGUGCUGCAGCAGCAUGAUGCAGAUUUUCAGAUCCAAGAAAUUCCAAUCCGAGAAGUUGGAGAGGCUGUACCAGCGUUACUUUUUCCGGCUCAACCAAAGCAGUUUGACCAUGCUCAUGGCCGUUUUGGUGCUCCUGUGCGCGGUCAUGCUGACAUUCCAUUGCGCGGGGGGAGGAUGCCGGAUAGCUUACGUUGUGGUCUUUUCCUUGGCCAUUUUACUUAUCCUAAUCUUGAUGGUGGUGUGCAAUCGGAACGGGUUUCAUCAGGAUCACAUGUGGAUAGUCUGCUAUGUGGUCAUUCUAGUCGUGCUGGUAUUACAAGUGAUCGGGGUCCUCCUCGUACAUCCGCAAAGUGCCUCUGAGGGAAUUUGGUGGACAGUGUUUUUUAUCCAUGUCAUUUACACACUGCUCCCGGUUCGGAUGCGGGCUGCGGUUAUCACUGGAGUUAUACUGUCUGCCAUCCAUGUGGUCGGGUCUUGGAAGUUAAACGAAAAGGAUGCCUUUGUAUGGAAGCAGAUAGUGUCCAACGUCCUGAUCUUCUCCUGUACUAACAUCGUGGGCGUGUGUACCCACUACCCAGCCGAGGGCUCCCAGAGACAAGCCUUCCAGGAGACCAGGGAAUGCAUACAGGCUCGCCUCCACUCACAGAGGGAGAACCAGCAGCAGGAGCGUCUCCUGCUCUCCGUGCUUCCCCGUCAUGUUGCCAUGGAGAUGAAAGCUGACAUUAACGCCAAGCAGGAAGACAUGAUGUUUCACAAGAUCUACAUCCAGAAGCACGACAACGUCAGGUUGUUGGACGCGGUCCCUGCUCUGGUGUUACGUUUCAGCUGGAACUCUGGGUUUCAGCGGUUUCAGCCCAAGCUGUAA